UCGUCGCCUCAUUUCCUUUUCCUUCUCCAUUCAAUCUCCUCUGUAAAAUGCUCCCAAACAAGUAUUGUUCGCUAUUUUCUUCUCCAUUUCCCUCAGUUAUACAAAGAGGAAAUGUCGAUUUCUCUCUUUCAUCUUCUUCUUUUUUGAAUAACUCAAAUGGGUUGAUCUCCGGCGUGACUGUUGUGAGCUAUCCGAGGAAGGCUUCAGGUUUUGUGGGUGUCGUUUUGGCUUCGAAAGAGCCCAACCAUCGACCCAUUUCGAAUGUCGUGUUUGAGCCAUUUGAGGAACUGAAGAAAGAGCUUCUUCACGUCCCUUCCGUCCCACAAGUUUCUCUUGCCCGCCAUUUGUACACGGAUCGGUGUGAGGCUGCCAUUAAUGACCAGAUCAAUGUGGAGUACAAUGUCUCCUAUGUGUAUCAUGCCAUGUACGCCUAUUUCGACAGAGACAACGUUGCUCUCAAGGGCAUUGCCAAAUUUUUUAAGGAUUCUAGUGUUGAGGAAAGGCAGCAUGCCGAGAUGUUUAUGGAUUACCAGAACAAACGAGGAGGAAAGGUUGUGCUGCAGUCCAUGCUGAUGCCAAUAGCAGAAUAUGAUCAUCCUGAGAAGGGCGAUGCACUUUAUGCAAUGGAACUUGCUUUGUCCUUGGAAAAGCUGAACAAUGAGAAGCUUCUUAAUUUACACAUAAUGGCUAAUGAAGUCAAUGACGUUCAUCUGGCGGACUUCAUUGAAACUGAAUUCUUGACCGAGCAGGUUGAAUCCAUUAGAAAGCUCUCGGAAUAUGUAGCUCAGUUGAGGAGAGCGGGCAAGGGACAUGGUGUUUGGCACUUUGAUCUGAUGCUUAGCAAUCAACUGGUGACUGCAUGAUAAAGAAUUAGAGAAUGAAACUCUUGGUAUUCAUCAAUUUCGUCUCAACUUUAUUCCAAAAAAAAAAACUUACAUUGCUGGUGUUGAA